UCCCUGUUCUGUGACGCUCUGGUAAUGUGAGUGAGUGAGAGAAACGACGACUGGUGUUUGCAGAUGCGGAAGCAUUUUGCUGCGGACUGUCCCGGCGGAACCUUACCUCAGUCACAAUUCCGGGGGAAGCAUUUUGUUGUGACACCAGUACUCCCGGACCGGCCGGGUGCAGACGUCAGAGGCCGGGAUUCUGACAGAGUAGCCCGGCAACCGGGAACAUGGCGGAAAGUAUUACCGUUCGUAUUCAGUCUCCGGAAGGAGUAAAGCGCGUCAGUGCAAGCAAACGUGAAUCAGCAGCCACAUUUCUCAAAAAGGUAGCGAAAGAAUUUGGUUUUAGGAAUAAUGGCUUCUCCGUCUACCUGAACAGGAAUAGGACAGGAGAAAUAUCAGCUAGCCAAAACAAGUCACUUAAUCUACUAAAGAUCAAACAUGGCGAUAUGCUGUUUCUUUACCCGUCCAGCUCUGCUGGGCCAUCAUCUGAGGUCAUGGAUAUAUCUGCGUUGACUCAAGCUCCCAGACCUGCAAGUGCAUCCCAAGUGGUGGAAGAUGAAAUUGACCAAUAUCUAUACAAACAGGAUGGAAAAAUAUACAGGAACAAAGACCCUCAGCUGUGUCGGCAUGGGCCACUGGGUAAAUGUGUGCACUGUGUCCCGUUAGAGCCUUUUGAUGAGGAUUAUCUCAACCAUCUGGAGCCCCCAGUCAAACACAUGUCCUUCCAUGCCUACAUUCGGAAACUGACAGGAGGUGCAGAUAAGGGUAAAUUUGUGGCCUUGGAAAAUAUCAGCUGCAAGAUUAAAUCUGGCUGUGAGGGGCACCCACCGUGGCCAGAGGGCAUCUGUACAAAAUGCCAACCUAGCGCCAUCACACUUAACCGACAGAAAUAUAGACAUGUAGACAACAUUAUGUUUGAGAAUCAUACAAUUGCUGACCGCUUCUUGGACUUCUGGCGCAAGACUGGAAACCAACGCAUUGGCUACUUGUAUGGGCGCUACACCGAACACAAGGACAUCCCUCUGGGCAUCCGGGCAGAGGUUUCCGCUAUCUACGAACCUCCACAGAUUGGAACACAGAACAGCCUGGAGCUGCUUGAUGAUCCAAAGGCAAAAGCAGUGGAUGAGAUUGCAGCCAAGCUUGGCAUAAGAAAGCUUGGCUGGAUAUUCACAGAUCUGGUUUCAGAAGACACCAGGAAAGGUACUGUCCGGUACAGUAGGAACAAAGAUGCAUAUUUCUUGAGUUCAGAAGAAUGUAUCACAGCUGGUUUCUUCCAGAACCAGCACCCGAACCAAUGCCGCCUCUCACCGGAUGGAGACUUUGGCUCUAAAUUUGUAACAGUGGUGGCCACAGGUGGACCAGAUAACCAGGUGCACUUUGAGGGUUACCAAGUGUCAAAUCAGUGUAUGGCACUUGUACGAGACGAGUGCCUCUUGCCAUGUAAAGAUGCUCCAGAGUUAGGCUAUGCCAAAGAGUCAAGCAGUGAGCAAUAUGUCCCUGAUGUCUUUUAUAAGGAUAUCGACAAAUUUGGCAAUGAAAUUACCCAAUUGGCACGACCUCUACCUGUAGAGUAUUUGAUCAUUGAUAUCACCACCACAUUCCCAAAAGAUCCAGUAUAUACUUUCUCCACCUCCUCUAACUUGUUUCCCAUUGAAAACAGAGAAGCUCUGGGUGAGACACAGGACUUCCACAGUUUGGCCACUUACCUUUCCCAGAACCCAUCCUCCAUCUUCCUUGAGAUCAUCUCAGAUUUUCACUUACUUCUCUUCUUAGUCACCAAUGAGGUGAUGCCACUACAGGACAGUAUUAGCUUGCUGUUGGAGGCCUUGAGAACCAGGAAUGAAGACCUUGCUCAAACUUGGAAGAAAUCAGAGCAGUGGGCUACCAUCGAACAGCUGUGCAGCACAGUUGGAGUACAGCCGUCAGAGCUUCAAGAUUUUGGGGCUAUAGGGGGAUCCACAAAUGCCGCCUCUUCAUCCUCCAUGUGGUCCUGUCUGCACUGCACCUUUAUGAAUCAAGCUGGCACAGACCAGUGUGAGAUGUGUCGACUGCCUCGGACCUAACAUCAGAUAGCUGACCUUGGGGCCGGCGAGAGGAGUCUCCUAAAAGGGAGUUGUCCUUUGCAAGCAAGCUUCCAGCAAGCCCCACCAAAUCAUGUUGCUUGAAGGGAGAGAAGUCUUGGGUGUGUCCAUUCUCUCUGGAAGCCAACGGUAGUUGUAGGGAACCAAAGCUUACUUACCCACCAGGAAUGACACACUGAGGCAGGCCCAUUCUGGGUGGGAGGGGGGUUGAUAACAUGUCAUCUUUAACAUCCUUAUAUUGCCUACAAGACUGUUAUGAGUGGAGCUAGUACCAUAACACAUUGUUCCUUAUCUUUUUACCCAUGCAAAACUUACACCUCCUCAACUUGAAAUGGAGUCUGAUAAGUCAGUCAUGUCUUAAAAAAUAUCAUCAUUGACCACUAAAGAGCAGCUGUUGCGCCAGUCCCUUUGUAUCUUUUGGCGAUAUUGCACCAUGUCUUGUCAUUUGUCACUACUGAUAUCGGGAAUGGUGACAGGCAAAGGCUAGUUUGGGAGAUACUGUAAGCUCAGUUUUAGCCACCAUUAACAUGUUUUACAAGUAUUAUUUUCAGCUACGAAUUUCACAAUGAAAAUAAACACAACACUUUCUGGGUGAAAUGAAUGUUUAUUUACGCAUUCCAGUAAUACUGCAUGUAAUUUUAUAUAUUUCAGGAGAUGGGGUGGAUAUAAAGCAUCCAGGGCUCUCAGGGGUAAUCCAAAUGUGCAGUACAUUCAGAUAAAGUAUUAAGGAUUCUUACAUCACAUUAUAAAAUCUCCGUACAUCUGAUAGACAGAGGUGACAUAACUUUGCAGAGUGCCUUAUUAAUGCUGCUCUAGUGAUUUAAUGAUUCCGGUUUGUUUUGCCAGCAGCUGUUAAUUUAAUGGGGUGGGUGUGGGCUUUUAUUUUGCUUAAGCACUGUUAUCUGAGAGGUGAAUUUUCAACUUUUAAAUGUCAUUAUGGAAAAAGAAGUAUGACUAGAUUUCUAGUUUAAACAGUAUGAUAUAGCCACUGUCUUAUUGUGUGUAUUCUCUGAACAUGCACAUGGUACUACAGCACAGAAAUGUGUGGCAGGAAAUAUCUCGCAGGUCACCUAGUGCAGUAGGUAAGCAUUUGGUUAAGUAGUUCAGUCUUAUGUGGCAUGGCGGACAAACAGUGCUCACUAGUUAUUUGCCCUAAAAGCUGAGAAACCUGCUUUUUCGCUGUACCCACACCUCUUAUCCUAUCCCUACUAAAGCCUUUUGAGAAAGAAAAUAAUAAUAAUUGUCCAAGUGCUGUAUGUGGAAACUGUUACUCACACAUCUUGUUUCCACUAGUAAUUGGAGAGCAGCAUUCUCACGUAAUCAUUAUUAAUGUUUAUGCGGAGGUUGGAGGCAGGGCAGUACCUCUCGAGAUUUUACUGGUAUAGGAGCAGGACAGUAAGCAUCCUAGAUGCAAUCGUUAACCAAAGUGGAUGGUGCCUUAUUGUCGUACAACAAAUGCCAGAUGUCUCCCAAGCUUUUUAUAAUGUUCCAACUGCCCAGGUUUAUUUGUUUAUCCGCUCACUUCCAGGAAGCCAGAGGCCAACAAUGUGCAGUAGUCUCACUUAUCAUGAACCAUGUUGCAAAUAAUUAAAAACUACCAUUUUGCUUGGGUUUUCAGUAACACAAAAAACUAAUCAUAUGUUACUGUUUGCUGUCACAGAACGCCUUUUGAACCUCAGUCUUUGCUAGGAAGAAGUCCCUCAUAUUGGCCAAGUUACUCAUGACAUAUUGGCCAAGUUACUCAUGACAAUAGUCUAUGGCAAUAAGGUACCUUGGGUGCUUGGAAGCAAGAUAACAAAGUGAGAUGAACCUCCCUCCUGCAGUUUCCUGUUGAAGUAGGUGGUAGUGACAGGGUUAAUUUAUUCAUCCAGCAAGAUUUUGGAGUGUAGCUCUGCUUUGACUCAACCUCCUUCUCCAUGAUGUUUUCUCUCGCUGGGUGUUACAGAAGUGUGUGACUUGAGCCGUUGGACGGAGCUGUGUGUAUUCUAGCUCUGAUGGAAUGAAAUAAAAAUGCUUGAAAAAUA